AUGUCCUUCACAGAUUGGAGUACAGGACAGAAUGUCGGCGCGGGUAAACAAUCGUCGAUGCUCGUGUCUACUUCGACUAUCGAGGACUUCGGGCACAUUCCAUCCACCGAAGAGCAGACGCGCGACGAAGCGCAGAAGGCCGUAACCGGCCGCCGUAGCUGGAAAACCGUGAGGGGUGGUUCUGGAGAAGCGGUUUGGUCCCCACAACUAGAGGCUGCUCUGAUAGAAGGUUUAGAAAAGUACCAGCCGGAGAGUAAGAAGGCAACCAAGUCUCUGGGCAGGUUUCCGAUGCGAAAUCGCUUCAUUUCGGACUACGUUUUCCAGGUCACUGGUAAGAGGCGGACACCGAAACAAGUGGGAAGCCGAAUCCAACAACUUCGAGACACUUGCAAAGGAGAACACAUCCUACGACUGAUAUCUCGCAAUUCCGGGAGCUCAGGAUCCGUCACGCCUGAGCCGCAUUGCUCACCAGACCCAUCGCCAUCACCAACGUCAUCUACUUUCCCCCCGGAGCAUGCCACAAUCAGCGCAUCCACCCCAACCGAACUGCGGCAAAGAAUUCCGAUACAGCUGAGCGUCACCAUCUCGACAUGUGCUAGCUCCUCUAGCUCCAGGCCUCCAUAUGUCUUCCUUGACCCUCCUCAAAAUAUACAAGGGAUCCGACUGGGAUCAAUACCGGAAGCAAUGCAUCUCGUUGAUCACCGAGCAUCAAAGAUGCUCGCAAGUAUGGAUCCGUCCGUCAUGAUUGUAUCUGGAGUUCAACUUUGGGAACAGUACGAUAUUUUCCUCCUGGAAGCUCAAUCAAGGGCAUUAGUCUAUAAGGAACGCUGUCAAUUGCAGCCGUGUCCGCCUACGCAAGUAGGCCAGUGGAUCUAUCGGACCGCUCUCGUGCAGGGGCGUUGGAAAGACUUAUGUUGUGACCAAUUCCCUGAGCAGUACGUCAUUCAACACUCCUUCGUGCCCUUGCCCUCCGUUAUCACGGCAAGCAAUAAGCACCAAGCUACGUAUACUGGAGACGAAAUAUCAGUGCUUUAUUUCUUCGAUGGCCCGGUAUACACCACGCCGUCAGACAACCUCUACCCACGGGGCAUAAGCUAUGAUCAAUCUUCAUCUGGGUUUCCUUCAAGUAUGCCCUUCUAUGAGAUGCCUCCGGAUGCCCAAUGGCCAUGCGUCUUGUCGGCUAGUCGAUCCACUGAUUCUUGGACUCAUGGCUCCAAUAAUACAAACGUAGGAGAGCAGCAAUACCACUACCCUUACCAUGGACAGUAA